UCCUCAACUUUGGCCAGAAUGGAGCAGCCGAAGGGGGUUGAUUGGACGGUCAUCAUCCUGACAUGCCAGUACAAGGACAGCGUCGAGGUCUUCCAGAGAGAGCUGGAGAUACGGCAGAAGCGAGAGCAGAUCCCCACCAGGACGCUGCUGUUGGCCGUGGAAGACCCUGAGGUUCGUGUGGGCAGUGGAGGAGCUACCCUCAACGCCCUGCUGGUGGCUGCUGAGCACCUGAGUGCCCGUGCAGGCUUCACUGUGGUCACAUCAGAUGUUCUGCACUCGGCCUGGAUCCUCAUCCUGCACAUGGGCCGAGACUUCCCCUUCGAUGACUGUGGCCGGGCCUUCACCUGCCUCCCUGUGGAGAACCCCCAGGCCCCUGUGGAGGCCGUGGUCUGCAACUUGGACUGCUUGCUGGACAUCAUGAGCCAUCGGCUGGGCCCAGGCUCCCCACCAGGCGUGUGGGUUUGCAGCACCGACAUGCUGCUGUCUGUUCCUCCAAACCCAGGGAUCAGCUGGGACAGCUUCCGGGGAGCCAGAGUGAUUGCCCUUCCGGGGAGCACGACCUAUGCCCGGAACCAUGGUGUUUACCUCACGGACUCCCAGGGCUUCGUUUUGGACAUUAUUUACCAAGGCACCGAGGCAGAGAUACAACGAUGUGCCAGGCCUGACGGGCGGGUGCCACUGGUUUCUGGGCUUGUCUUCUUCUCUGUGGAAACUGCCGAGCACCUCCUGGCCACCCAUGUGAGCCCGCCUCUGGACGCCUGCACCUACAUGGGCUUGGACUCCGGAGCCCGGCCUGUCCAGCUGUCUCUAUUUUUUGACAUCCUGCUCUGCAUGGCCCGGAACGUGAGAAGGGAGGACUUCCUGGUGGGGCAGCCCCCAGAGAUGGGGCAAGGUGAUGCGGACAUCGCAGGUUAUCGGCAUGGAGCCCGGGCUGAGCUGUGGAGGGAGCUUCGCGAUCAGCCCCUCACAGUGGCAUAUGUCCCUGACGGCAGCUACAACUACAUGACCAACUCAGCCAGUGAGUUCCUGCACAGUCUCACAUUCCCGGGGGCUCCUGGGGCCCAGGUCGUGCACUCCCAGGUGGAGGAGCGGCAGCUACUGGGGGCCGGGAGCUCUGUGGUCAGCUGCCUGCUGGAGGGCCCCGUCCAGCUGGGUCCUGGGAGUGUCCUGCAGCACUGCCACCUGCGGGGCCCCAUUCACAUCGGCACCGGCUGCUUCGUGAGUGGCCUGGACGCGGCCCAGUCCGAGGCACUGCAUGGCUUGGAGCUGCACGACCUCAUCCUGCAGGGACACCAUGUGCAGCUGCACGGCGCCCGCAGCCGGGCCUUCACCCUCGUUGGCCGUCUGGACAGCUGGGAAAGACAGGGGACCGGAACGUAUCUCAACAUGUCUUGGAGUCAGUUCUUCCAGAAGACAGGCAUUCGGGACUGGGACCUGUGGGACCCAGACAUGCCCCCCACUGAGCGCUGCCUUCUCAGUGCCCGUCUCUUUCCCGUGCUCCACCCCUCGAGGGCCCUGGGGCCCCAGGACGUGCUGUGGAUGCUGGACCCCCAGGAGGAUGGGAGCAAGGCCCUGCGGGCUUGGCGAGCCUCCUGGCGUCUGUCCUGGGAGCAGCUGCAGCCGUGCCUGGAUCGGGCUGCCACACUGGCCUCCCGCCGGCACCUGUUCUUCCACCAGGCCCUGCAUAAGGCGCGGCACGUGCUGGAGGCCCGACAGGACCUCAGCCUGCGCCCGCUGAUCCAGGCUGCUGUGUGCGAGGGCUGUCCUGGGCCCCUGAUGGCCACCCUGGACCAGGUGGCAGCUGGUGUGGGAGACCCUGGCGUGGCAGCCCGGGCACUGGCCUGUGUGGCGGAUGUCCUGGGCUGCAUGGCAGAGGGCCAAGGAGGCUUACGGAGUGGGCCAGCUGCCAACCCUGAGUGGGUGCGGCCCUUCUCGUACCUGGAGUGUGGAGACCUGGCGCGGGGCGUGGCGGCACUUGCCAAGGAGCGGGACAAGUGGCUGAGCAGACCAGCCUUACUAGUACGAGCUGCCCGCCACUACGAGGGGGCUGGGCAGAUCCUGAUCCGCCAGGCUGUGAUGUCAGCCCAGCACUUUGUCUCCUCGGUGCCGGUAGAGCUGCCAGCACCUGGGCAGUGGGUGGUGGCUGAGUGCCCGGCUCGAGUGGACUUCUCUGGGGGCUGGAGUGACACGCCACCUCUUGCCUAUGAGCUUGGUGGGGCAGUGCUGGGCCUGGCUGUGCGAGUGAAUGGCCGCCGGCCCAUUGGGGCCAGGGCUCGCUGCAUCCCAGAGCCCGAGCUGUGGCUGGCAUUGGGACCUCGGCAGGACAAGAUGGCCACGAAGAUAGUAUGCGGGAGCCUGGAUGACCUGCAGGAUUACUGCCAGCCCCAUGCCCCAGGGGCGCUGUUGAAGGCGGCCUUCAUCUGUGCGGGGAUCGUGAGUGUCCACUCCAAGCUCUCGCUGAGCGAGCAGCUGCUGUGUACCUUUGGGGGCGGCUUUGAGCUGCAUACCUGGUCUGAGCUGCCCCAUGGCUCUGGCCUUGGCACCAGCAGCAUCCUGGCGGGGGCUGCCCUGGCCGCCUUGCAGCGGGCCGCAGGCCGGGCGGUGGGCACGGAGGCCCUGAUCCACGCAGUGCUGCAUCUGGAGCAGGUGCUUACCACAGGAGGUGGCUGGCAGGACCAAGUGGGUGGCCUAAUGCCUGGCAUCAAGGUGGGGCGCUCCCGGGCUCAGCUGCCGCUGAAGGUGGAAGUGGAAGAGAUCACUGUGCCUGUGGGCUUUGUCCAGAAGCUCAAUGACCACCUGCUCCUGGUGUACACUGGCAAGACCCGUCUGGCCCGGAAUCUGCUGCAGGACGUGCUGAGGAGCUGGUAUGCCCGGCUGCCUGCCGUUGUGCAGAAUGCCCACAGCCUGGUGCGGCACACCGAGGAGUGUGCUGAAGCCUUCCGCCAAGGGAGCCUGCCUCUGCUGGGCCAGUGCCUGACAUCAUACUGGGAGCAGAAGAAGCUCAUGGCUCCAGGCUGUGAGCCCUUGGCUGUGAGGCGUAUGAUGGAUGUCCUGACCCCCCAUGUGCAUGGCCAGAGCCUGGCAGGGGCAGGUGGCGGGGGCUUUCUCUACCUAUUGACCAAGGAGCCGCGGCAAAAGGAGGCUCUGGAGGCUGUGCUGGCCAAGACUGAGGGCCUCGGAAACUACAGCAUCCACCUGGUAGAAGUGGACACUCAGGGCCUGAGCCUGCAGCUGCUGGGGACUGAGACCUCAGCCUGAUGCCCCUUCUCAUGAGGCUUGUCCCUCUGCAAGAGGAGAAAGCCUGGAGCUAUAGCAGGCCCUCCCUUCCUUCCCCCAUGGGAGCGCUCAGUCUUCUACUCUCCACCCACUUCUUUGUGAAUCUGCUUCCGAAGGAAGCCAACCUGAGCUCAGGCCCAGCCCUUUCUAAAAGUUGGUGAAGCACAGACGGUGCUUGGGAACAGGACUGUGACCUCCUGGUUGACAGGGGCCUAGGCUUGGUGUCUGCUCCAUCUGGACAUAGGAAGGUUCUAAGUUCAGCGUCCACUGUGACCUUUACAAAUCUGAUGGCCCAGCUUGGGCCUUGGCCUUCUCACUCUCCAUGAGGGCCUGGAAGAAGGGGAUGACAACCAGCCUUGGCAGAUGGCUGGGUUCCCUUGGUAAGGCCGACCCUGAAGAGGCCCUUUGAGGCAUUUCCUGUGGCCUUCCUUAGAGGUCAGGCUUUUGCCUGAGUAGAGACUUCCUGUUCCACACUCACUCCCAAGCUGACUUAAUGGGGGAGUGGGAACAGGGGUGAGGGUCCACACUUGUGUCUGUGGCAGAGAGUCAGUGCAGUCCUGCAGCAAGUCACUGCUAAUCGUGGCCUUAACCAGCAACUCUGCCAUGUGCCUGUGGGCCGUGAGUUCUCAGGACUGCAAUCUUUUUGGAAUAAAUUCACUCUGC